GAAGGGCUUGCCAGAGAGUCUAGGUGUGCAUGUAGGAACAGGUGUACCUGUCGCCCGCAGGAGCAGACUCUCUGAGGAUCCAGACUUCUGCUGAGUUCUGCUGAGUUCUGCUGAGUUCUGCUGAGUUCUGCUGAGUUCUGCUGAGUUCUGAUUCACCUCACAGCUCUUUGUGUGUUUUCUGGGACUUCAACUCCUCUUUUUAUCUGAGUGAAGUCAAAAUGAAAAUAGCAGCUUUCAACAUGAAGAACCUGGGACAGAAAAAGGUCUCGGAUGACAAAGUCGUUGGAUACCUAGUUAAGAUCAUGUCUCAGUACAGCAUCGUGGUGAUCCUGGAGGUGAUGGAUAAAAGCGGCAAAGCCAUGAAGCUCCUGCUGGAGAAGCUCAACAGCACCAGCAAGAACAAGAAGAGUCCUUAUGAAAUGAUCGGCAGCAAAUCUCUGGGCAGAGACACCUACAAGGAGAAAUACGUUUGCUUCUACAGAAAGGAUGAAGUGGAGCUGAAGGGGAACAUGCAGUACGCUGAUGACCAGCCUGGAGAUGAGGACGCCUUUGCCAGAGAGCCCUUCAUCCUGCGCUUCAGCUGUCCUUCCACUGCUGUGGACGACAUCGUCCUGAUUCCCGUCCACACCCAACCGGUAAAGGCAGAGAAGGAGCUGGACGAGCUGUUUGAUGUGGUCCAACAAGUCCGGAAGAAAUGGAAGACGGAUAACAUCAUGAUUUUAGGGGACUUCAAUGCAGACGGUCGAUAUCUGUCCCAGAAGGAGAAGGAAGAGAUCCGCAUCCAGCAGCCUCCUUUCUAUUGGCUGAUAGACGAUGAUGUCGACACCACAACCAGCACCCGCAAUGACAACACCUACGACAGGAUCGUGGUGUACGGACAGACCAUGCUGGACUCUGUCAUUCCUGGAUCUGCAAAGGCUUUCAACUUCCAGGCGGAGUUCAAUCUGGAUGAGGAAGAGGCUCUCAGCAUCAGUGACCAUUAUCCUGUAGAGGUGGAGCUGCGCCCAUCAUCAAAGAAAAGGCGGGCUCAGCCUCCAAAGACAGCAGGAGGUGACAGGAUGACGAAAACCAAAUGAUGUUCUGAGGAAGAAAAAGGAUGAUCUGCAUCAGCACCAAUUCGUCUUUGUUCCUUCCCAGUCUGAAUAAAAAAAACAAACUUCA